AUGAAAUAUCAACGAGUGUUGUAUACGAAUAAGUUUACUUCAGAAUUGAAGUCAAAACUACGAAUUGUAUGUUAUGACAAACGACGAUCGUUGAAAGAAAAUGUUUAUUAUGUCGGAUUUGCAACUGAUGCGGAUAUAGCACAUGCUGAGCAUGUCUCUAAACGGUUACGUAAUAUUACAUUAAAGCCAUUUCAAUCUCGUUCUGUUACUAAAGAUCAUUCAUCAACAUCACAUACGUCAUUUUUGUCGCCACCUACUACACUUAGUUUUCUUCCGGAUAAUCAAUCUUCAUUUAUUACAACUCGAUCAGAAUCAUUAAGACGAGUGAAUGAAACAUUAGAAGAACGUGCUAUGCGAAUACUGGGUCCUCGUAUACUAAAAGAUCAAAGUGUGACAAUAACACCUACUGUGAUCAAUACAGAUUCUGAUAUAAGUGUCAUCAAGAGCCCUGCAACAUCAAAUAUAAAGAAUAAAGAACAACUUAUUAAUAAUAUUCAAUCGUGCUUGCUAGCUAUGGAAACAGCAUGA